AUGCGAUGGCCACCCUGGACGUCCAAGGACCCAGACGAGAAGAAGCCCGUCAAAUGGAGCGACACCCUCAAUGCAACAGACUGGACCCACUAUACCGAUCCUCGCAACGUGAUCCCCGUCGUUCUCCUAACAGCAACGGUCCUCGGUAGCUACUCAUUCUACCGCUCCUACCUACGACGCAUACCACAAGCUGCACUGAUAGCGCCGAAAUUCUGGAGAAAGAGGAGCCUUUUCGGGAGGGUUACGACUGUGGGCGAUGGAGAUGGCUUCAGAUUGUUUCACAUGCCUGGGGGCAGAUUGGCGGGAUGGGAGUGGUUGCCUUGGAGAAGGGUGCCGGAGGGAAGAGCAGGGUUGAAAGACAAUACCGUCUCAAUACGAAUAGCUGGCAUCGAUGCUCCCGAAGGCGCACAUUUCGGCCACCCUGCGCAGCCAUAUUCGAAGGAAGCGCUGGAUUGGCUUACAGGAUACAUACUACACAGACGCGUGAGGGCCUAUGUAUACAAAAAAGAUCAGUAUGAUAGGGCGGUCGCCACUGUGUAUGUGCGAAAGUGGUUGCUGAGGCGAGAUGUGGGAUACCGGAUGCUGAAGCUGGGCCUGGCGACGGUAUACGAGGCGAAGACGGGUGCCGAAUUUGGUCCAGGACUGGAAGAAAAAUAUAGGACGGCGGAGUGGUGGGCGAAGAUGAGAAGGAAAGGUCUCUGGGGAGGCGCCGACGAGAAGGAGUUUGAGACUCCCAGAAAUUACAAAACCAAGCAUGGACAAAGUGACUCAAAUAGCAAGACCGGUUGA